AUGGCUGAUGAUCACGUCAAACCGGUCCCGGCAUUCUACUGCUGCUAUCUUCUUCGGUCGACUGUCUCGAAAACAUCCAUCUAUAUUGGCUCUACGCCUCAUCCUGCCAGACGCCUUGCGCAGCAUAAUGGGGAUACCAAAGGGGGUGCCCACAAGACUACCAAUAAGAGGCCCUGGGAGAUGGUAGCUAUCGUGGAGGGAUUCACGAGUCGGAUUGCUGCGUUACAGUUCGAAAAGGCAUGGCAGAGCCAGAGAAAGUCUCGUCAUGCCGAGUCGGACGACGAUCAAGACAAGCGGACGACCAACUCGAAGGCCGAUUCAACAGCCGGCUGGAAACUUCGUCGCACGCAUCGUCUUAAGAGGUCGAUGACGGCCCAUCUAGGCACCUUGCAUGCCUUGCUACAGUCGACUUACUUCUCUACUUGGCCUCUCAAAAUACGAUUCUUCUCCGCAGAGGUUCAAAGGACGUGGCGAACCUGGUGUGACCGCGCAGAUGGCUUCCUCCCGGAGCACAUCGCGGUUAUAUCAGAUGGGACCAUCCAGGAUGGCUCGGAUGAGCAUAGGGUCGGCAGUAUUGACCGCAUCCAGGUCGACUAUGGUCCCAUACAAGAGUAUGCCGAAAAAGCGGCGUUUCUCCUUGAUGAUCCAGAAGACCUUCACUGCCAGGUAUGCCGAGCACGGCUCACCCCGAAGGAUGAAUUGGUGGUUGUCUGCCCAGAGACAAAGUGUAACUGUAUCAGUCAUCUAUUAUGUCUAUCAACUAAAUUCCUAGAUUCUACCAAGGAUCUGGAUCGACUUGUCCCACUGUCUGGAGCUUGUCCUAGCUGCUAUCGUACCGUUCCGUGGUCACUGAUGAUGCAAGAGGUGUCUCUCCGGAGAAACGGAGGGAAAGAGUGGCAGGCCACCAUUCAAAAGAAAAAGAGGCGCAAGCAGGGAACUGACACUGUGCCCAGAGCGAGGGGCCUCAAGGACAUGGAAAAUGUUAACGACGAACUAUCGAGAGGUUUUGGGCUUGCAUAUCCCCCAAGGAGAGGAGCAAAUGAUGACUCAGGUGAUAAUUUCCAGGACGACUCUUCUCUCGAUGAGAAUUGGACCGAAUCACCACAACUUGAAACGGAUUCCGAGCGAGAUGUUCUAUCGCAAUCCCAGCCAACAGUACCCACAAGGGUCGAGAUUGUCAUUGACGAUAGUGACGAUGACGGGGAUAUUCUGUGA